AGUUUAUAAAAUCAUUUGUUGCCAACUAAUUGAAUUUGUCAAUAGGUUUGAAAUAUUUCCGUCUUCAUAUUAAUAUGAAUAAACAGAAACAUUCGGCAUAAACGAGUAUGUUUUCCGGCAUGAAACAUGUCUGUUUUCUUCACAUUUUCAAUUAUUACAUGUGGGUUUAUUAUUCUUACAUCACGUGUGUGUAUAUAAUUCAUACAUCCGCAUCGAAGUCUGGAGUAUGUUCAAAUGCAGGCAGCCCCUUGGAAUGCUGUCCAAACUUUCGUGUCGUUGGAAACUCCUGUUUAGAAUGUUGGCCAGGAACUCAUGGCGUAAAUUGUAAGGACUACUGCCCGCCUAGUUUCUACGGCAUAUCAUGCUCAAUGAAAUGUGAUUGUGAACCAUGUGAUCAAGUCACAGGAUGCAUAAAUGCCACGGAUAACACUAGUUCGGAGGAAGACGAAAGUCUGAAGAAUUCUGCAUUAUGGCCUACAUUGUCCGUUUUGGCAUCUUGUAUCGUAAUCUUCUGUAUACUAAGACAACGGAUGCUGACUAAAAUACCCUCUGAUCUGGAUGAAUCUGGUUCCAAAAAUGAAAUGGCUCCUUCAGAAAAUAGUAGAUAUAGUAUAUCGAAAACGCCGAGGACAAUUGAUUUAUCUCAAACAAAUGACACAGAGACAAGCUACGACAAAUGUCACACUACAGUUUCAAACAACAUGACAGAAACAACCUCACGAAAUGAUUAUGGAUGUGACGACUCUAUGGAUGGAGCUUACAACAUUCUAAAACUUACAGUGUCGGAUAAAAAUGACCAUAUGCAAAUUCCGAAGAACAGUACUAGUUCAACUCAUUUGGAAAUACAAAAACAUACAAACGUACAUGAGGCGUUCUCAGUUUCAAACAUUGUGUCGGAUAAAAAUGACCAUAUGCAAAUCCCGAUUAACAGUUCGACUCCUUUGGAAAUACAAAACAUGACAAACGUAAAAGAAGAAACAUCUCAGGUGGCUUCCUCAGUUUCAAACAUUGUUAAAACAGAGAAGCUUGAAUCAAAACCUUCAAUCCAUCGAGAGAAAAGGAAACACCAGAAGGAAUUAUUGCGGGCACUGGAUGAAUUCAAAAAGGGAAGCACUAGAGAUAGGAAAAAACUUAGGUAUAGCUUUACAAAAUCAACAGAACUGUUCUGAUAUAUAUACUUCACGCGUUAUUUCCUUAUUGUGAAUUGAUAUUGAUAUCAAUUUUUCUGUGAAAUGACAUAUGGUAUGUGCAUAACAAUUUAUAAUUAUUUACUGUUUAUGAGAACAUCAGGUGUUUUUAAGCAUGUCCUAUGAUGCUAUUCAUAGGCAUUCUAUCAGAUUGGUACGCGUAUGCGCAUUAAGUUAUUGAAUGUGUGGAAAAAAUGUAAGAUUGACUCGUGAUUCAAUUAUAUUUUUCUCAAAGAUCAAAUUAGUGAAAAACAUGGUUAGUUAAUGUAAAGGACUAUGUGCGGUUUUAUUCAU